ACGUGUAAAGCUAUCACACCAGACAGCCAAUCCCUAUGUUAGUAAAUAUCGAGAUCCUUUGACAUCUGCCUGUUUGAAACCACAGCUGCUGUGAUACAGUGACCCAUUUUUGGAAGAGCUUAAAUUCUAAUGAGAACAAGCGUGACAGCACAAUUCACACCCUAAGGAGGAUUCCCCUUAUUUAAUUAGUACCUGAGUUCACGUGCACAGCAUAUUGAAGGCAGGAAUUGUUACUCGGCGGAUUUCUGCAAAUGUCAGUGCAGUGAAAAGGGAAUACUGGACCUAAGCCACUGCUGGUACUUAGUGGUUUAAAGCUUUUUACAUGGAACUACUGCUCAUACUCGUGGUCAAGAGAGUCUGCCAAUUGUUUCUGAAACUUCCUUUGCAGUUGAGUGCGGGGCAAACUGCCGCCUAAACUCAGGGUGAGAUGGAGCGGCCCCGUUUGACACUUGUGAAGAUUGAAGCAUUUCUUAUAUUUUAUUUGAUUCUCCCAUUUGAUCUGUGCACUGCUCAAAGACAGGUGAAAUUACAAGAAGGGCCCCUAAUUCGAACUGAAGGACGUCACAUAACGAUUCAGUGUGAUGUAAGCAGAACGCAGAAGUCUCGAGAGCAGAACUUUGAGUGGUUGAUCACUCGUCCAGAUAGGCCUACGUUUCAAGUCCAGAUUAUCAGCACUCAAGAUUCUGGCUACUCUUAUGCUAUGUACAAAAGAAGGGUGGAGACCAGGGAGAUCUACAUAGAGAGAAUCAACAAUGACUCUGUGAGGUUACAUAUAACAAAUCUGCAGAAAAGUGAUGAAGGAGAAUAUGAGUGCUACACCCCCAACACAGAGAGUAUAUACUGGGGGACCUAUAAUGCAUUCAUGAAUUUGACAGUUGUUCCAGACACGCUCCGUGCAUCAUUGGUACCUCAAGUCAUAAAUAAAGUAGAAGGUGAUUCUCUGGAACUGGUCUGUGAAGUAUCUAAACAAACACCAUACCACACGCAUUUGUCCGUCACAUGGUACCUAAGGAAAGGAGAUCAGAAUAUCAAGGUCAUUUCUCUAACAAGAGAUUUCAUCCUAAGUGCUGGAGAAUUAUAUAAGCAAAGAUGGGCAUCGGGAGAUGUACGACUGGACAAGGUUGGAGCCACGUCAUUCAGACUCACCAUCCACAAGCUGCAGGUGUCCGAGCAGGGGCAGUUUUACUGCAAAAGUGUAGAGUGGAUCCAAGACCAGGACAAGUCCUGGCAGGAACUGACUGAAAGACAGACUGCAAAUGUCACGGUGAAUGUUAAAAGCAUGGGUAAAGAGUUUCUUGCUCUUCUUACAGCUGCAAAUGUCAAUAUUAAUGUAGGGGGCUCACUGGAGAUAACCUGCAAAGUUGAAGCUCAGAAUUCUGCACAGCGUUUCUUCUCAGUGGCCUGGUUCUUGAACGACGAUGAGAUAGUGCGUAUUGGACCGAAUGCAGUUCUGUCCUUUCAUGGUGAAUAUGGAAUGAGAGAGAGUUCUGGAAUGGUGGCAGUCAGAAAGAAAAAUGAUAAGGAAUACGUUCUGAAACUUUAUCAGAUUCAAGUGGAGGAUGGUGGGAAAUAUCACUGUCAGGUGGAGGAGAGUGAGAAAGCUGCAUCAGGAGCGUUCUCCUCCAAGAAGUCUAAGGAGAUUGUAAUCACUGUUCAACGACCACAAGCCAAUCUUAAUGUGGUGAUCACCAGUAAUACCACUGAGAUUUUGGAAGGUGGUUUUCUUCAGUUUGCCUGCAAUGUUCAUUCAGAAGCAGCAACCUAUGGCCAGCUCUCUAUUGUUUGGCAGUUCAAAAACAAACAGAACAUAAAGAGUGAUGUAAUUGAAAUGAACCGGGAUGGUGUUCAAAUUACUGCUGAGCCCUAUCGUGAGCAUCUCAUUCAUGGUGAUAUCAGAAUGGCAAGAGUGGGAUUGGAUGUUUUCACUUUGGGAAUUUAUAAUGCCUGGACUUCGGAUGAAGGACUGUACUCUUGCAAAGUUACGGAAUGGGCAGUAAAGGCCAACCAAAAUUGGCAAUUGAUCGGAGAGUAUGUCAGCAAUGAUACAGCGGUGACUAUUAAAUCACUUGACAGCAUCUUUAAAGUUACUGCCAUGACCCGUACACCAUCUGCAAGAUAUUAUGGUACAUUUGAACUCCAGUGUUUAAUUCAGCCUUCAACCCUCCGCCAUCUGCUAACAGCCGUAUCCUGGAAAUUCCAACCUGCUAAUUCUAAUGAUAGCUACCACCUUGUGACUUUCACUCAUGACACUGCGAUCUUGUGGGGAGACAAGGGAUUGAAUUUUAAAGGGAAAAUGAUAGUAACAAAAACAGCAUCCAAUUCUGUCCGGCUGAGUGUUUCCAGAGCCAGCAACCUGGAAGCUGGGAAGUUUUUAUGUAAUGCAGAAUUGUGGCAAAGACAACAUGCGGAUCAAUGGGUCAUGAAAGCCAGCACAACGUCAAACAUCCUGCAAGUGGUGGUUAGUCCCCCAGUAAGUCUCUUGGAACUUGCGCAACAAGAUACAACCAUACAAAGAAAGAUUGGUGACGUCAUUGAAUUCGAUUGUAGAAUAUCUGCUCAAACGCAGAAUGAUUCUCAAUUCUCAGUCACCUGGUUCUUCAGUAGGUCACAAGGACAAAAGGAAGCUCUUCUGAACAUUAAUCGCAAUAAUGUCAUUCAGUACUAUGGGGAGUUGCAUACCAAUGAUCGAAAGAGGAUGAAAUUCCAGGUUGAGAAGACUUCAAAUGAUCUUUACAAACUAAUUAUAGAGAGAACUGAUGCAACCGAUCAAGGGGAUUACUAUUGUCAUGUCACAGAAUGGCUUUUGGAUCCCAACAAUAUUUGGUAUCAAGUGGGAGAUGCUGCAUCAGCAAUAACAACUCUUCAAGUGCAUACACCAAAUGCAAAUCUACAGGUUUCUGAUGAUAACAAAACUGUAUUGGUCAAUGAGGAUGCUGAUUUUGAACUUGAGUGCCUUAUUAUCAACCAAACGGGGGCCCAAUCACAGUUUUCAGUUACCUGGUACUUUCAAAAUGAGGAAGUUAAGGCCCAGCAGAAAGAACUUCUCCAAACUGAUCGCAAUAAUGUCCUCCAGUACCAUGGCAGCUUGAAGACAAAUUUUCAGAAGUUAAAAUUCCAAAGUGCAAAGGUUUCCAACAAUAACUACACACUGAUCAUCCGGAAUGCAGCACUCAGUGACAGUGGUAUUUACUUUUGCAAAGUGGACGAGUGGAUCUUGAGUCCCCAGAAUCAAUGGGCUAUUCAAGGAAGUGAUCAGUCUGGACUAACAACCCUUCGCAUCCAAGCAUCAGCUCCUACACUUCACUCAAAGGCCUGUGCCUCACCGUUCUUCUUCUACUUCAUAUUUGUCUACCCAUUUAUAAUCUUUGUAGCUCUUAUCAUUCUUGCUGCAUACUUUUAUUGGAAUCCGAAAAAACCACCGAAACCUCCUCAAGAAAAUAGUCUAUGGACACCAAUUGAAACAAUCAUUGCUGAUCCGAAAAGUGAUGUAGAGGCAAGUGUGAUAUAACGUAUGGAGUUAUUUUUGUAACGCUCCAUUGUUGCUGGAGGAAUCACCAACAGCAGCAAAAUAAUAUGUUGCAAGUGAGAAGUUCACAUGUACCCAACCAAAAGAAACAUUAACACAAACGAAAUCUGAAGCCAUCCAGCCAACUUGCAUAUUAGUUGUCUUUAUUUAAAAAUUGGCAUCAGCUACUCUUGCCAAAUGAGAAAUGUAUAAACACAUCUUUACUGGUUGUUAGAAGCUACUUAAGUUCAGCUUUCCUCUUGAUUCCUGCACCUCUAUUGUUUAAUUGAUUUAACUUUAUUAUUGCCAGUAUUAAAUGUUCUUCUGCUUUCAUGUUUCACUUCCUAAAUUGAAAUCGUAUGACUAUGUUUUUGCAAAUACUUUUGUUUUGCAGUACUUCAGUCCUUUCCAUGUAUUGAAUUUGUUGCCCGCAUUGCCCCAAAUCUCGAGCACCAGGGAAUAAAACAUUUCAAGAUAAUCUCAGAGAACUGGGUUGAGUGAGCAAUUGAAGAACAAUACCAUGUUAUGACAUAAUUGGACUUAUCCAGUAUAUGUCCAACUCAUGAACUAAAUUUCUAAAUCAGUAGAGAACAACUUGAUGAUAUUCUGAAGGUACACAGUGUAUGGUCAGAUCUCACCCUGUGGCCAAUGUUGUUUUUGAAGUAUGGAACUUGAUAAGCAAUAUUGGAAAAGAGACGCAUAGAGGACGGUAAAUUGAAUCCUGACAAAAACCCAGCAGGAAUAGUCCAAAUGGUCCCUGGAGCCUGCUCUGCCAUUCCAUGAGACCAUGGCUGAUCUUGUAACUUGAGCAUCCUUGCCUGCUCAGUCCUCCAAUCCCUUUAUUCCCUUGGUAUCCAAGAGAAGCAAAAGAAAAAUUCCAAUUGAUAAAUGACAAAUUCAGGCUCUGUGCACAGAGUCCUUGAGGCACUGUGUAGUCAGUGUUCAAAAUGAACUCUUGUGUAAUGCAACAUGAGCUAAAUCCUGGGAUAGAUGGGAUCUAGAUGGGAAAAUACCAUUUGUAUUUAUCUGGACACUUUGUAAUCUCAGGCUGAGAGAUACUUUACGUGGAGUGGAUGAGGAAUUUAAAGGGCCAAACAAAGGUCAUUGAUUGUAUUAAAUGUUUUGUUAGGUUUAUUGCUUUUUAAUAUUUUUGUAUUUUUAUAGAGAGAUGUUACCUUUACCUUUUAAGAUGUAUGUGUUUUUUUUUUAGCCCAUUGCUUUGAACAUGCAAAGAUUGAUAAAUAUAGAAAAGGGCAAUAUGGCAGAUCUUAAUAAGUGCAAGAAGUAUCUUGUGCAAUUACCAGUGGAGAACAGUUAGAUGGAUCUUGAAGGAAAGCUAUAAGUGCAACAAAGUCUUCAAAGGGAUUUGAAGAAGAUGACUUUUUUCCCCCUCUUAUUAUGGGGAGGUUGUUGGUGUUUUUACCCAUCUUCUUGGCACGAGAAGAUGUCAGGGUUGUUUGUAUAGGUAUGCAGUCUGUCAUGUGCGGAAAAACCAAGCAUUUGGUUAUAGUAAACCUCAGGAGCAGCAAAACUACCGAAUCCCCUACAAAAACAAAAUGCUGAAAGCACUCAGCAUGUCGGGCAGCAUCCAUGGGGAGAGGAACGGAGCCAACAUUUUGGGCCAAGAGACCUUCAUCAGAACUGGAAAAGUGGAAAAAAUUGAGCACGUGUUAAGUUGCAGAGAUGGGGAGGGCAGAGAGAACACACAAAAUUUCUGUGACCAAAGUCGUCAAAGUAGUGAUUACUUUAAAAAUGCGUAAUUAGAGACAGAAGAAAAAGGAAAGAAACAAAUUCAAAGUACAGCCACAUCUGUGGAGUAGGGGAAAAUUUGAUGGUUACCUGAAACUAUUAUGUUCAAUAUUAACUCCAACUACAGAAUUCCCUGGCUGUUGCCAGUUAAAGGCAAAACUAAUGAUGAGAAAUUGUUUACAAAGCACUCCAUGUCCAUUACUUUUGGCUAAAGAAAUGCAAGAAAGUGUACCAAAGAGAUCAAUGGACAUCGUAGUUGAAAUGUCCAAUCUUGCUCGUUGGAAUGGAGUAUAACCAGGCACCACUGCCUGAAUAGGGUCCAGAUUGGCAGUCAAACUGUUUAAGGAACUGCCUUCUGUUGGAAGACAUCCACAGUCAAAAAGUACAAUAGGAAUGGUACUAUCUGUGCAAUUUGCAAUAAUUCAAACUUUUUACACCUACCUCUUUCAAGGCAAGCAGUAGAAUCAUUUGCAGUCUUUACUAAUUUAUUACUGGAAAACUCAACUGCAGGGACAUAAUUAGAAUAGGUGUAUGCCCAUGGUUCAAUACGUGAUGUCUUGUUUCCUACAUGGUAUCAAAGGUGCAUCUGAAGUCUAAGGGUGGAUUUAGAAUUAAUUUGCCCAUUCUGGCUGCAAUCCCGCCUGGCUCUGUGUUGUCACCAUGAGGGGGAAGCAGCCAGGAGCCUCAUUAAAGUUUGUAAAUCAGAGUCAUAUGACAAGGCUGGAGCAAAUACAUGGUACAAUUGAGCAGUACAUGUGACACAUAGGCUCCACAUUUUUUGUGAAUGGCCCAUCCAGUUGUCCUUAGAAGGACAUGUUUGAAAACUAGCGUUUUUGGUGGGAAAUUUGGCAUGGGUGAGGGGGUGGUGGACAGCUAAGUGAGUGAUGCUCAGAGAAUGCCAUUGUGUCCCAGAGCUGAUAUGUCGAGGCAGGGUCUCUGGUUGGUUCUUGCAUGUAUAUGAGGCCCAUCUCUAGAAAUAGCUCUGGCAUCUAAGAAUUAAAUUCAGCACUCAUUUCUCAGCAAAAGGCAUUGGGCUAGAAGUAUUUGUGUAGCACAACCCUUUUGUGUGCUAAGAUAAUGAAGUUUAUUUUAGAUAUGUUUGUCAAGUUUGCCUGGGUCUUCUGAGUAUGGGUCAUGUAGUUCCAGAGAUUUGUUCUUGGUCCACCAUGUCUAUGGAGUGCAUUGUCACAGAAGCUGCCAGGGACCCAUAUGGUAUUUCUUUUCACUUAUGACACUCAUGGAUGCUGUAGGCCAGACAUACUAAUGAAGGCUGUAACUAGAGUGUUGAGACCUGUUUCAGCAUUGGUUUAGGAGCACCAGGCUUACCUGCUUCCUUCCCAGUGAGUCUGAGAAGUCAAUCUUCUUGCAGGGAGGUCUGUCUUAAGAAUCUAGCCUUGUAUUCACCCUCUCUCCCACCCACCCCCACUCGGUGCUGUGUUUCUGGGACCAUGCUUGGGUAUCCGUUUUAAAUCUUUCCUUCAGACACAGGCAUGAGUGCAUCCCUGCCCCCACCUACAUCUAAUCCUCCCACUGCUUGGAUGUUCUAAUGCUGCUUCAUUCUUCAAUGCCAAUCCUUCUGAUACCAUGACAGCUCCCACUGUCUACUGCUCCCUAACUCCAGGCCCAACUCUGUUUAUCCACACUGCCCCAUCUCACCCUGAACUACCUCCACCAAUGUACAUAUUUCCAGACAUAGGCUUGACUCUUCUCUGAAAUAGAAUUUUGUACCAGAUGUCCUUGUACUAACCUGGUGUGUUCCCACCCCACACUUCCAUCCCUGCACAGUGCUGCUUUAAUGCACCUUUAGUGACCAGAAUUUCUAGGUCUAUAAUUUCAGAAGAGGUGAGAAGAAAGAGAAAUUAUUGCCUCAGGAGAAUAUUAAAUGAACUCCAGACAUUGCAGCCUGCAUCUGAUUUUGUAUGUCUGCAAUCUUUGAUAUAUAUGGUCUUACUCUGACUUUCACUGAAAAACAAUUCAUUUUGUAUUGCUUCUAAUUUAAAAUUUAUGAUCGUUUCUUAUGUUUUCAAGGAAACAUUGUUGUAAAAUUUCAUCUUAC